AUGGAAUUAUCCGAGAAAAGCUCGGAGCAAAUGAAGGCGGACGGAGCGAGUACAACUCAGGCCAGUAUCGAGUAUUUGAAGGCGGGUAAGAAAUCCACGAACAAGAAUUCUACGGACAAACGACCGAAGCAGCGAGCUAUGGAAUCCGGCAAGCAGCCAUCGACCUCGCGUUCUAAGUUAGAUGCAAAAACUAAUAUAAAAUGUUUCAGGUGCGGUAAGCCACACUUGGCUACCAAAUGUACAAUAUCCCGGGAUGUUCGUUGCCACGGCUGUGGUAAGCAGGGUCAUAUACGAAGCGUCUGUUUCGGAAAAAGCUCUACUGCCAAUCAGUUAGAAGAAAUUUUGCAGCUAGAACAGGUAAAUUACAGAGACAAAUUUCUAGUUACACUCGAGGUAAACGAAAAACAAGUUAAGUUCGAAGUAGAUAGUGGAGCGGCAGUAACGGUCAUGAGCAAGUACGAAGCAGCACGCCUUUUUCGGGGAACGGCUAUACAUUCUACAAACUUACAAUUAAUUUCGUAUUGCAAUCGUACAUUACGUAGCGUAGGAUUCAUAACAGUACUCGUUAAGUUUAAGUCAAAGGAAAAGAGAUUAAACAUAUACUUAGUAAAUAGCGAAAGGAAACCAUUACUCGGUAGAGAAUGGAUACGACAAUUAUCGGAUGAAACUGGUUUCCUACUUACAAAGGCUGAUAUGAAUACAAUAUCGGUAAAUUCCACGGGCAACCUACCAGGCAAACUACAACGGCUGUUGAAUGAUCUAAAAAAAACAGUUACUUCGAAAUUGUCCGCGAUUGUUGGCGUUCAGGCAAAAUUAACACUGAAACCAGAUGCUGUGCCCGCAUUCGUGAGAGCACGACCUAUACCGUUUAAAUUGAAAACGUUAGUGGAACAGGAAUUAGAUAACCUAGAGUCCGCGAACAUUAUUGAAAAGAUUACGACCUCCCGAUGGGCAACUCCGAUAGUUCCCAUAUUGAAGCGCGAUGGUAGUGUACGGAUAUGUGGUGAUUAUAAAGUCACGGUAAAUCCGCAUCUUAUUAUUGAUAACCAUCCGCUUCCAACUACAGACGAAUUAUUUACAAAAUUAGCACACGGAGUCAAAUUUUCGAAAAUAGAUGUGAAGCAAGCAUAUCUUCAAUUAGAAAUCGCUCCGGAAGAUCGUGAGCUGUUGACCUUGAGUACUUGUAAGGGUCUGUAUAAGGUAAACAGACUCAUGUACGGUAUAGCCCCCGGGCCGGCGAUCUGGCAGCGAGAAAUUGAAAAUAUUUUGCAAGGCAUCGACGGUGUAGCCGUGUUUAUUGACGAUAUUAUUGUCACGGGAGAAUCCGAUGAAAUACAUUUAGCCCGACUGGAGGAAGUAUUGCGUAGAUUGCGUAAACAUAAUAUACAGUUAAAUUGGGAAAAAUCCGAAUUCUUAUUAAGUAAGGUUAGUUAUUGCGGAUACACCUUAGAUCAGGAGGGCCUUCACAAAGAAAAACAUAAGAUGGAAGCUAUUAAAAACAUGCCUCGCCCUACAAACGUGACAGAAGUUCGCGCAUUUACAGGGAUGAUAAACUAUUACGGUAAAUUCAUACGACACUUGAGUACUAUUUUGCAACCUCUGAAUAAAUUAUUAAGUAAAAAUACUCCAUUUCGUUGGACGCAAGAAUGUGAGCGUGCUUUUAAAAAAGCGAAAGACGCUUUCGUGAGUAAUAAAGUACUAGUACACUUCAAUUCAAAACUACCUAUUAUUUUAGCUACGGAUGCCAGUCCGUAUGGAGUAGGCGCGGUGUUAUCUCAUAGAUACCCGGAUGGGUCAGAGAGGGUAAUACAAUACGCCUCUCAGGCAUUUUCCAAUACUCAAUUAAAGUAUUCACAGAUAGAUAAAGAGGCUUACGCGAUAAUUUUCGGAGUAAAAAGGUACUUUCAAUUUCUCUAUGGAAAUAAGUUCACCUUGAUAACGGACCAUCGUCCAUUGGUACAAAUAUUUUCGCCCGUAAAAAGUUUACCUAUCUAUUCGGCAAUGCGGAUGCAGCAUUACGCAAUAUUCCUUCAAGGGUUCAAUUACGACAUCCAAUACAGGAAAUCCGAACAGCACACAAAUGCGGAUUGCUUAUCUAGAUUACCAGUGAGUCAACAAGAUUCAAGGGCCGAUGUAGUAGAUGCUUUUCAAUUGGGGUUAAUGGAGACACUUCCAAUAACUGUAAAUAAAAUUGCAAUAGAAACAAAAAAGGAUGAAGAAUUGUCAGAAUUAUUGCAAGCAUUGGAAAAGGGAAACCAGAUUCAUCGAUCAAAACGUUUCCAGUUGGAUCAGAUAGAAUUUAGUUUACAAAACGGUGUAAUUAUGCGCGGUCUUAAGACAGUCAUUCCAAAAGCACUACGCUCAGCAAUCUUAAAUGAAUUGCACGCGGGACAUUUCGGAAUUGUAAGAAUGAAAAAUUUAGCCCGAAAUUACUGUUGGUGGCCGGGAAUAGACAGGGACAUUGAGAAACUCGUAAAGAAUUGCGCAAACUGUAAAAUGCACAUGAAUAAUCCUCCAAAAGUAGCGGUGCACGCGUGGCAACCGGCUACUGCACCUAUGCAGCGCGUGCACCUCGAUUUUGCAGGUCCCUUCUUGGAUAAAAUGUUCUUGGUUAUGGUCGACUCAUUUUCAAAAUGGCCCGAAGUACAUGUAAUGAAGGACAUUACCGCUAGAAGUACAAUUUCAAAGUGUCAGCAGAUAUUUGCAGCGUAUGGCAUACCUUCGAUUAUUGUUACUGACAAUGGCAGAACCUUCACUUCUGUCGAAUUCAAAGAAUUCCUCGAAUCACAGGGCAUAAUACAUAAACUCACGUCACCAUAUAAUCCUGCCACGAACGGCCAAGUAGAACGAUUUGUACAGACAUUCAAGCAAGCGUUAAAACGCACAAAUUGCAACUCAUUAAAUUUAAAUGUAGUUUUAAGUAAAACCUUAUUACAAUAUAGAAUUACUCCACAUGCGACCACAAACAAGUCUCCGGCAGAAAUGUUCUUAAAUAGGAAAUUACGCACUCGCUUAGAUUUAAUAAGGCUAGAUAAACAAAUAGAGAAUGCAGCAAGCGAAUUACAAGCAUGUAACAAAGAAUUUAUAUGCGGAGAGAGGGUGGCGUGUAGAAGUUAUACCAAAGACUCCAAAUGGAAAUUCGGUACAAUUGCAAAAAGAAUAGGGAAGUUGCAUUACAAUAUAGCAUUGGAUGACGGUCGUUCCUGGAAAAGACAUGUAAAUCAAAUGCGUUCCAUUGGUAAAGAUACUCCUAUUGUAAACGACGAUAACACUUAUUAUUGGGAAAUCGAACAAGCUCAAACACCGGCGAAUGCUCUCAUGCCACCACCGCAA